UUGGACUAUUUAACAUAACACUUCAACUGCACUCGAUUAUCAAUCACACCUUCAAGGGUUUAAGCAAAAUGACGACAACGGCAAGGAAAUCGCGUUGUCGCAAAUCUCCUCCAGCACGAUCAAAGGCUGCGCUAGUUGUCGACGAGAGUCCCAUCAGAGCCAUCGCUUGUCUCAAAAAAAUCGACGACAUCAAACGUUUCGAGGAAACUGAUGAUUGUUUUAUCCUAGGUUUUGAUCCUUCUGAUAACUCUCCCAUCGAUGCUUCUUCUAGACCUCACAACAACGAUGAUGAUGAUGAUGAUCUCUGCGUUCUUGGACAAAAGGGCAAGAUAGCCCUAAGAGAUUAUCCUCACUCAAGACAUUUAUGCCUCAAAUUUCCAUUUAAGACCACUCCUCGAGAAAGCUAUUGCAAUAAGUGUUACUGUUAUGUUUGCGAUACUGCUGCACCCUGUAUGUACUGGACCAUGCAUUGCAAUGCCGAGAGUGCUGGUCACUGGAAGGAUCAGAGGAGAGUGCGGCGGCGAAUUUAUUAAAAUGUCAAUUUCCUGCUCAAACAUUCUGUUUGAAAAGGCAUUUGAUACUAUGCUAGCUUCUUUUUCGGAUUAGAGGAAUUUUGAGAUUUAUAUUAGAAUCGUCUUUCUGCAACCAGUUCGUUACACAACUUUUUUCAAGCUACUUUAUUUAUUAUAACACAAGCAUUAUAAGAAGGAUGCUUAUGUUCUGUGGUGCAAUUAUAGUUGUGUUAUGUGAAGCAGAAAGCAAGAUGCAAUGUACAAAAUAAUAUAUGAAAUACUGAGAUUAUCAAUUCUAUCUAUAUUCAUGACUUUU